AAAGAGUCUUAACACAACGUGAUUAACAUUGCUAAAGUGAAGACGUGUGCGCACGCUCGUUACAAUUUUAUUUUUCUAAAAACGGGGUUUUAGUUUGUGCGUGUUUUUUUAAAGGGGGUUAAUAAGUUUGUUUACAUCGGCUAGAACAAUUAGAAUACAAUUAAUUUAACAUUUUAACAAAAAAAAAAAAAAAAAAACAUUUGCCAUUGAAAGUUAAAAAAUAAAACAUACACAUAAAUACAAAUACUAAAGAACGUGUUGAAAAUACUUUAAAUAACAAGAGAAAAAAGAACGUUUUUAUUGAAAACAAAUUAUUAAGAUUCUAUAAAACAAAGUGCAAGUUAACAAUAAUUGUGGAAUACCUUGGAUUACGAACGAGUAUUGGAUUACUUAAGCCAAACUUCAGUGGAUAAUUGUAGCUAUAAUUAAAAGGGAUUUACACACACUUCAGUGAUUGAGAUGGCUUUUCAACGUAGUUACAGUAAAGUCUGGUGGGGUUCCGAUGAUAAUCAGUUACCCGGCAUGAAUGUCAUGAAUUCAGCCAACCAGCACUUGCUCAAUACAAACCCAAACACUGUGAGUUUAACAAGUGGUGGCUUGUAUUCAUAUUUUAGUCAACAGCAGAAUCCGCAACAACAACAAAGAAGUCAUCAUCAACAGACACAACAAAAGUACCAACAAUUUGGCGGGAUUGCUUACCACUCCUUGGAUUUAAAUCAGUUCAAAUCCUACGGUGGCAAUUUAUCGCGUAUUCAAGAAGUGGAAGACGAACACAACAUAUCAAAAUUGUCUUGGGAAAGACAUGAUAGUCCUGGCAGCUUGAGAUCACAAGAUUCCGGGUUUUCCGAUAAUGAUGAAUUUCACAGUACUCGAAGCUUAAGUGGUCGAUCUUCGAAAACCUCCUCUCCCAGUAGCAAGUCAAUGAGAAGUUCUAAGAGUGACAUUGGUUCACCGACUUCCGUGCGAACAGUUGAAACACCGCCAACAGUUAUUAGACGUACGGGAAACUCAGAAUUUUACACACCACUGGUCAAUGUAUCUAGACGCAUUUCAUUCUCUUUCUCGGCAACACCCAAUAAAAAUACACAAAACCUUGAGGACGAUGAUGGAUCAUCUUUGAUGGCUAAAUUGGAUAGUAUGCAGUUGAUGGCAGAAUCGCCUUUACCCAAGAAAUUGGAGUUUGAUGACUCGAACACAACACAUAGUAGUGAUGCUGUUUCGCCCAUUAAAGGAAAUAAUCCCAGAAUUAAAAAACGUAAAAAGGUUCAGCGUAAAGCUACUUCACCAUUAUCGGCGGCCCAUAAACGCAUUCAAAAACUGAGCAAUGACAUGGAUGAAGAGGAAGAGGAUAGUGAUUUGGAUACUUCAUUGGUACCAGAGUACAAUAACGAAACAGUAUAUUUAGGUGGAGCGCCAACAUGUUCCACACCACCACCACCAUACAACAAUGAAACUGUUGUCCUUGGUGGGCCCAUGGAAUCCAGUUAUAAUAGCAUUACAAUGGAAGAACAAGGAAUUUCUCCCUUACGCCUUAAUGCCAGAUUCAGCGGCAACACCAGCACUCCGAAAACAUUAAAAAUUCAUAAACCUGCUUGCACUCUUCCCUCAUUAUUCGCCUGUCAAGAAUAUGACAAUACGCUAUUGAAUGGUCAUACAGAGGAUGUGCAAACGUGGUUAGAUGACCUGCGCAUGUCCUAUGACCACGAAGUAAUGUCCACACUACAAACAAAAUCAAUAGCUCAGGAAGCUUUCAAAAACUUACAAAUCACAACAAAUACAGUAGCCAAGUUUAUAAGGCAACUGCAGCAGAAAGCCCUUUCCAUGCAAGGCUCGUUUGAAAAAGUAGAACGUAUGCUAGGUGGUGCCCAAAAUGUUUCCCUGCAAGACGCUCUAACGGGAUCCUUGCAACUAUUAGAUCACGUUUCUGAAUUCACUCUCAUCCUGGAACGCAGAUCGGUUUUCUUUGCCGAUUCACGCUUGGAGCGAAAGCGCUACGAGGACUACUUAGAUCAAAUACGCAUGGUCAAUAAGGACACUCGCUACUCUCUGGAGAAUCAUCACUACAUCAAUCUGGAGUCUUUGUUAGAAGACUUGCAAGUUUUGAAGCGUAUUCUUCUAAUCAGCGUACAACAAGUGUAUGAAAAACUUGUGCGUAUUCUUGUGAUCAGUGUGGAAAAUGGUCGUUGCGAUCUGAUGUUGAAAGCUAACAUUAAUAUGAUUGCGACCCUUAUGAACAUCGAUUAUGAUGGUUUUGCUUCGCUCACCAAUGCCUUCGUGCAAACAGAGGCUGUGAGAACGUUGCUGGUAGUUUGUUUGGAUCACAAAUUGAGUUCGGUAAGAGCUCAAGCACUAAGAGCUCUGGCCACCAUCUGCUGUGCUCCCGAGCCGAUUGCUCAGUUGGGUUCUUGUGGGGGCAUUGAAAUUAUACGAGACAUUUUGCAAGUGGCUGGCGCUCAAAAACCAAAAAAUGACAUAAAACGGGGUGAUAUGGAGAGACGCGAAGCUGUAUCGCUAUUGACCCAAAUCACAGCUGCCUGGCAUGGUCCAGAGCACAAAGUUAGUGGCUUGAAAGGCUGCAUUGAGACUAUUGUAGAAGGCCUCACUCAACUCUUGAUAUUCACUGAAUGCCCGCAAACUUUGCUUUUGUGUACGGCAGCCUUGAAUAAUCUAUCACGCAUGGAAAUCACUUCCCACUACUCCAUUAUGUCACACGAGACUAUUUUCAAAUUGAUAACUACCAUGGAGCAGAGAGACAAAGGCAUAAACGUGUUCCUCUAUGAACAAAUCGUUGCCAUGCUGUACAAUAUGUCUCUGAAUAAGAAAUGCCACAGCCAUUUGGUCAAUGCCGGUAUCAUAAAUUUCAUCACGUACGCAUACGAAACGGAAUUCUUUAAGAGCUACAAUUCUCGUGGCGAAAGCGAAGCCCAAAAACGUUGUAUCAAAACAAUUUUGCACACAUUGACACGUCUAGUACAGGACUCUGUCUUGGGAAUGGAACUGCUGGAGCAACAGAAGCACAUGCCAUCCUCCUUAUUCUUCAAACUGAAUUCAACACUGGAUACAAAACAACAAUUGUUCUCACUGGAUGCAAAUUCUAAUCGUGACAUUUCUUUCCUAACCCACCAGCUAUUGCAGCAGGCAAAAAACGAACGAGAUGAACAAUUACAACACAAACUACAUCCAGAACAUGCGGAAAAAGGAAAGAAAUUUAAAAUGCAACUACAACGUCAGGAAAGUUAUGUUUAACAAAAAACACAGACAACCUGCCCACACGAAAUGAUAUUUACUCACGGGUUCUUAAGAUGAACAAUGGACGAACUAAACAAAAACAACAACAUCAGCAGCAGGAAAAAGAAUCAACCUAGGAUUUGAAUUCACGAAUACACACAAAGACAGUGAGUGAUUCAAGUUCAGUCAGGAGAGCAACGUCACGUUCCGUCAGCCACGUUUAAGCGUUUACUUAAACGUGCAGAAAAGUCAUACAAGUUUUUAGUUUUUUUUUUUAUUUCUGACUCUGUUUUUGCUUUUUCUACUAACAUUUAAGGUUCAAUUACAACAGAAAAAUACAACUUUUAUUUAUUUCUUAUUCGCCCAGAAAUUUGCAUAGAAAGAAAAAAAUGUAAAAAUCCAAGAGUUGUUUCUGAACCAAAAAAAAAAAAA